AUGGGCUUGGAGAACAGAAGUCAUCUGCAUCCGGCCGUCUCCUCCGGCCGUUUCGAUCUCCAGUCAUUUAGCAUUUGGAUCUUGUAUCCCAUUCUUGGCGUCUGGGCCUCGUUAUUGCUGUUGUUCCUGAUACAGCGAAUAAGACGUCGACGCUGCACACGCCGUGGUGGCCUCUUUCAUGCACCUGUUCCAUUUCUGAGCAGAAAGGAACGUCCCAUGGACUCCGAGUCAUUUCCGGAGAAACCACCCCUAAGAACGUCCAGCGAUUACCACGACGAUGAUCCUGGCAGCGGUGAUGCUGACCAACUCACAAAAGCCACUUCCGACUCCAGUUCCGAUUCCAGGGGAGCCUGUACCCUCCCUCCAGCAUGUGGCAUUCUGAAGCCAUUGUCCGAUUCGAUUCUGCUGCCCAGUAGCGGUUAUGUCGCUGCACUAAAAGGUCAGCGGAGUAUGGGCGAAAUAAUGCAUCCAGCGCGUUUUCAAGCGCAAGGACCGUCAGCCGGUCGCUGGCAUGUGCCAUCUGAGCCGCAGGAGAAGAUCACGGUCCUGUACUCUGAAAGAACGUCCUUUUCUUGUCAAAAAGUUACUCCACCUGGGACCCAAGGGGGUCGUCAUGAUUCUCUUUCAGAGUCGGUCAACAAUGGCCCCAACGAAGAGGGACUCGGGGAGCCGAUGGCAUCACCGGCUGCGCUCUUCGGACAGGGCCGUCCAGGGACUGCGACCGACGAGACGGGGUUGUCGUCGAGCCAGCCGGUUCAGAUAAGGAGUCAGACGCAACAAGUCCUUCGGGGUGUGGAUGCGGAAGGGGCCCGAACGUGGAAGAGGCUGAUCAUCGAGUACCAUUAG